AUGAAGUACCUCACUAUCCUCAUCGCCACCUUGGCCGCUGGCGUCCUGGCCCAGAACAACAAGAAUGACAACUGUGGCUUUCCUGACGGACCCGACUGCGAGUCCCUUGGAGAAGGUGACAACGGCCUGGAACAGUUUACCGACCCUGCGGGAGUCGACGCCGGCUGCUGUCUUCUUCCCCUCCGCUGCGGCAAUGGCGAUGGUGGCGAGAGCAAUUUUUCAUCUCAUCUUCUGGUCUUCAGCUUCGGUUCGCCCCUCUUCCCUGAUAAUUCCAGCAUUGCCUUCUUCGAGUUCGACAGGACGAAUUUUGAGAUGCAAACACGUCAACAGAUCACCAGAAGCAGCCAGCGUCCUUGUCCUCCGUUCCAGGCUGCUCAUGAUCCCGACCCAAUCGGGCUGGGGAUGGUCAGCAUGUGGCCAGCGUUGACGGGGCUAUAA